AUGACUGCACGCGCUCUCUCUGUGAUUGUAGCGGCGCUAGAGACAAAUGGAGGCAUCGGACUGCAGCAGAAGAUCCCGUGGCAUCUGCCGGCCGACAUGAAGCACUUUCGAGCGCUCACGACGUCGUGUGGUGACCCGUUGAAGCAGCAACACGCAGUGAUUAUGGGACGCAAGACGUGGGAGUCGCUGCCAGCGACUGUGCGGCCCCUUCCCAAGCGCUACAACGUGAUACUGACGCAUGACCUGAACUACAGGACGAGAGAGAACAUUCCAGAUACUGUGGGCGUUGCUGCGAGUUUCAGCGAGGCGCUGGAGCUUGUGGAGCUGCAAGGAGAGAAGGUGGAUCAGGUGUUUGUUAUUGGCGGAAGCGCCGUGUACGCUGAAGCCCUGUCUCAUAGUGAGUGCAAGAAGGUGUUUCUUACACGAGUCAAGGGAGAAUUCAAGUGUGACGCGUUCUUUCCAUUGGAGCUACUCAAGCAGAAGUUUACAAUGACUAACGAGUCGGAGAUCAAGAAGGAGAACGAUGUGGAGUUUCAGUUCGUUGAGUGGGCACGAAGCGAUACCGAAGAAGGAAUUGAGGCUGUUGAGACACUGGAAAUGGUGGACAACACGACAUCACACGAAGAGAUGCAGUACCUGGAUCUGAUCCGCAAGAUUUUGAGUCAAGGUGUAAAGCGGAUCGACCGGACCGGCACGGGGACGUUGUCAGUGUUUGGAGGGCAGAUGCGAUUUAGUUUGAGGAACAAUGCGUUUCCGUUGCUAACGACGAAGCGCGUGUUCUGGCGAGGUGUGGCUGAGGAGCUGUUGUGGUUCAUCAAGGGUGACACGAGUGCACGCACGCUACAGCAAAAAGGUGUCCGUAUCUGGGACGGCAAUGGAUCGCGUGAGUACCUGGACAGUAGAGGCUUACAGUCACGGGAGGUAGGAGACCUUGGACCAGUAUAUGGUUUCCAGUGGCGUCAUUUUGGUGCAAAGUACACCGACAUGCAUGCCGACUAUACAGGCCAAGGUGUGGACCAGCUCGCCGAGGUGAUACACAAACUCCGGACAAACCCUUCUGAUCGCCGUAUCGUGCUGUCAGCCUGGAAUCCAGCUGACCUUGAUGACAUGGCACUGCCGCCGUGCCACAUGUUCUGUCAGUUUUAUGUCGCUGACGGUGAGCUGUCGUGCCAGAUGUACCAGCGCUCAGCUGACAUGGGGCUCGGCGUUCCAUUCAAUAUCGCCAGCUAUGCGCUGCUAACGCGUCUGGUGGCACAGGUGGCAGGUUUGAAACCCGGCGAGUUUAUUCAUGUCAUUGGUGACGCGCAUGUGUAUCUGAACCACGUGGAACCGCUUCAGAAACAGAUUCUGCGUGUGCCGCGCCCGUUCCCGACACUUUACAUAAACCCUGAGAAGACUACGAGCAUCGACGACUUCACUUACGAUGAUUUGGAGGUGCGCAAUUAUCAUCCGUAUGGAGCGAUCAAGAUGGAGAUGUCCGUGUAG